GACUCCCAACCUGACCCCCUAUCCUAGCAUGACGGCAGACGCAGAAGAAUGACAUCUAAAGACCAGGAGUGACAGCACUGACAGGUGUACUGUAGUCAUGUUAGCAUUCUCCGACAAGCGUCUUUGCACCAACAUGCAAUGUCUACACUCUACUGUCCUCAACAUUGUAACCCAUUGAGAAAACGGGUGCUCGCGCCCCUUACUGCUUUCAGCGCGUACAUGCUCUCUCUGUAAUUCACUUGUAGUCGUACACACUGUUAAAAUGGAUAAGCAUUGCACGCGGCUGCAAGCUCAGCGUGCUUGACUUCACAACGGAUUUCAAUGUCGCGACAGUACAUGUAUAUGUGUGUUGACAUCACUUCGGAUUUCUUCACUUCGAACUACUUCCUCGAAGAAGUAAAACCAAAAAACCUUGGAGAAGAAUAGUUUGCUUAUACUGAAGUGCUCCUGCUAAUCAACCCCUCGCCAUGGACUGGCUUGCAACCGUUUUCAUUUUGUGGACAGGUGCUUUGACCCUGAUAUCAGGAGCGAAGGUCAACGCUCCGUCUGUGUCACCACCGCUAUCUGCACUGUCGGCAGCCUGUUCAGGAAGAAAUCCGUGCCAGAAUGGCGGAACGUGUCAGACUAUUGGACGUACAGGUUAUCGCUGCAGGUGCGCUUAUCUAUUUCGCGGCAGACAAUGUCAGACUUAUUGGCUACAAGACGAGGUGCUGCGGAUAUCAUCCGAAAUGAGAGGGCUUAGGAAACGUCUGGCCACUGUGGAGGAUGCGAACAUGCAGUGUGGUGCUCAACAUGCCCUAACACUCUCCACCUUCAUGGCGUCACUGCAGUCUAAAGUCGACAAGAGCCUAUCAAGUCAGCAAGCAUCACUGGAUACGAGACUAGACGAAAUGGACAAACUGUCCCUUCGUCUGGGUCAAGAUGUUCUGAGUUCUCUGCCGACGUCAUGUAAAGAUUUGCAGAACGCCAGACGUAAUGUUUCCCUCCCAUCCGGGCUCUACAAGAUUGUGUCCUCUGAAGGAAGAAUAAUUGAGGAUCGCUCUUCGGAUGCGUUUGGCAAGCGUGCCAAUCUACCGCUCAGCAGCUACUACGUAGAUGGAGUAUCAGUCACACGUGGAUCGCCAAUGCAUCACCUCUGGUCCUACGCUGCCGGGUUCGACGAUUUCCACGAUCACUCGUGGCACUGUCCGUGCAGUUCUAGUCCUGGUCAUCAGCCACAGAAGUUCGUAGGUCAUCACUACUACUGCGCCUAUCUGGGAAGUGUUUACAGACGAUGGACAUUCAGCCCAGCCAACCAUGCAUGGAGCAACACCAGUCAAUGCACUGCUGGCGGUACAUGUUGCGACAACAGGGAUAUGCCAUGGUUUCAUCGACAACUGGGUGCUACAACAUCUGACAAAGUGCAGAUAAGAAUCUGUUCGGAUCAAGACACAGGGAACGAAGACGUUGGAAUAGACGAGGCGGCAAUAUUUGUCAAAUAAUCUAAGUGGAUAAUGUUCGUCUUCCCGUGUGCUCUAGUGCUGUUACUAUCAUUAUAAUUAUUAUGUUGUGUUUUUACAGCUGUUCCUUUGUCCUUCCUUUUAGAAGUGAGAGUUGGCUGUUGUGGCGGGGCAUAUUUGAGGUGUUGGUUGUCUUAGUUCUUAUGAUUUUAAUUAUAUUUUAAUCUGUAAAAGGUGCUGAAGUUUUGGAGUGCUGAAGUUUUUUCUGUAGUUUUGGAGUGGCGCUACCAGUUCAUCACAUACAUAGUGUUAAUCACACACUGUUUUUCUGUUGGGGUACAUUUUUUCCCUUUUCUGGUUUUCUGGGUUUGCAUUAUUUAUUGCAUUUUCACCCGCCUUUUCAUCCGAUUGCGUUACUUUUGCCCGUGGAAGAGGCGUCUUGUGGUUUAUUUGUAAUUAUUCGGUUUUGAUAGAGUUAAAAACAUAAUGAAAUA